AAAAUAACAAACAUCGUACGUUUCAUUUAUUUACAACAAGCGAUGAGAAUUAAAAGGAGACCUUAAUUGAUGAUACUCUUCUUUUCUCUCGGUUACAACGGGAUUAUUACAGAUAAUGAUAAUCUAUAUGGAUGCUGACGUGGAAAAACAAAAUUUGGUGAAACACGUCAAUUAAGCACGACUUUUCCAUGGCUAGUGGCUAAGAUCGUUUCAUCACAUGGCUAUAUCAUAUAAUACUUGGAUGAAUUCAAAAUAAACGACUGAGAAAAUGUCCACGUCACGGCGCACCGCUUUGGACUUAAGUCUCCUAUAAUAAAUACAACACCAAACAUUGCAUUCCACAUUAAUUCGUCUUGUGCAAAAAAAGACACUUCUUAAGCUUCAACAAGAAAGAAAUAGUAUUCGCAUAGUAUUAGAAGAUGGAUUUUUUCAAUCAAGCUAAAGCCGUAAGGAUGCGUAACGUCCAUGAUAAGUAUCUAACAGCGGAUGAGGACGAGGAAACGGUGACUCAAGACAGGAAUGGUUCCGACAAGAGAGCUAGAUGGAUUGUCGAGCCGGUUCGUGGUUCCUUUGAAGUGAUCCGUUUAAGGAGCUGCUACGGUAACUACCUCACCGCUUCGAAUGAGCGGUUCUUGCUCGGAGCCACUGGACGUAAAGUGGUCUUGUCUAAACCGGCUCGACUCGACUCCUCCGUAGAGUGGGAACCGGUGAGAGAAGGUUCCAAAAUGAAGCUCAAGACUAGAUACGGAAACUUGCUUCGAGCCAACGGUGGACUUCCUCCAUGGCGUAACUCUGUCACGCAUGACACUUCUCAUGUAUUGGAUUCUUUCUUGUGGGAUGUUGAUGUGGUUGAGAUUUUGGUGGGAACGACGACUCCGGCUCCAGCUCCAGCUCCGGUGACAACUCCUCCGCCACAUAGGAGGCCGUCGUACACGUAUUCUCCGGUUUCUAGAACAUCUUCAGAAAAAUCCGAAGAAGAGUUGACCGUGCCGCCACCGAAAUCUGAAGGGAGGCCUAUUUACUACCACAUCGCGGACGAAGAAGGACACGUGGAGGAAGAAUCAGCCGUUGGAUAUGCGUUGACUUUCAAAGGAAAUAGCGUGGAACAGUUGACGCAGGCGUUGCAAGAAGAGACUAGUAUGGAUGAUGUUGUGGUCUGUACACGCCAUCCUUCAAACGGCAAGCUGUUUCCUCUUCGUUUGCAACUUCCACCUAAUAGUGGAACAAUGCAUGUCAUUCUAGUACCCUCAAGUACUUAACGGCAAGCUGUGUGGUUCCCCUUUAUUUCGAAUGUAUUAUAUAAGUAGACUAGUAGUUGAAGUAUUAGGCUCAAGAUUGAGAGUUUGGUCCUUGCCUAGUUGCCUCCAUUAGAUACGAGUGUGGAAUUAAUCAUAGAAAGUUCAGAUAGACUAUUAUUGUGGAUUUGAUUUAAUCUUUCAUUUUAUUGUACAUAAGCUUAUUUUGUAAACGAAGCAUUUAAGUUUCGUCCUCCCAUUUUUUAUGUGAAUUCGCCAUAAAAAAUUGUUUGUACUAUAAAAGUUUUUUUUUUUUUUUUAAAUAUUAAAGUGUAACCCAAUCAUUGCGCAAGUCUUCACCAAC